GAGGAGUGAAGCCGCUGCCAAGCCUGGCUGGCGCCCGGCUGGGGAAGUGUCUUCGCCGCUUUCUAAGGAGAAGCGAAGCGAGCACCUUGCGGCCGGGCCGGGCCAACGCCUCGCUCGCAGUGUAAUAAUUUUUGAUGCUGAGCAGAAAAUCUUCUUACAAUGAGUUAUUGGAGCCUGGAUAAGAGAAGUUGUCUUCAGUACUGCAGACAUUUUUUGGUGGACAAUGGUGUAUUUCAUGUUGAAAGAUGUAUGAGUGUAAUGCAGUCUGGGACUCAGAUGAUUAAACUGAAGAGUGGAACAAAAGGACUGGUACGCCUUUUUUACCUGGAUGAGCACAGGACCUGCAUCAGAUGGAGACCAUCCAGAAAAAGUGAAAAGGCUAAAAUUAUAAUUGACUCAAUUUAUAAAGUCACAGAAGGCCGACAAUCAGAAAUAUUCCAUCGCCAUGCAGAGGGGAACUUUGACCCAAGUUGCUGCUUUACCAUUUACCAUGGGAACCACAUGGAGUCACUAGAUCUGAUCACCUCUAAUCCAGAGGAGGCUCGCACUUGGAUCACAGGACUAAAAUAUUUGAUGGCUGGAAUAAGUGAUGAGGACUCUCUUGCUAAAAGACAAAGAACUCACGAUCAUUGGGUGAAGCAGACCUUUGAGGAAGCUGACAAGAAUGGAGAUGGCUUAUUGAAUAUUGAAGAGAUCCACCAGUUGAUGCAUAAACUAAAUGUCAAUUUGCCUCGCAGAAAAGUACGACAAAUGUUUCAGGAAGCUGACACAGAUGAGAACCAGGGGACCCUGACAUUCGAAGAGUUUUCUGUAUUUUACAAGAUGAUGUCAUUACGGCGUGAUCUCUACUUGUUGCUUUUGAGCUACAGUGACAAGAAAGAUCAUCUCACUGUUGAAGAAUUUGCCCAGUUUCUGAAGGUAGAACAAAAGAUGAAUAAUGUGACAACAGAUUAUUGCCUUGACAUCAUAAGGAAGUUUGAAGUUUCAGAAGAAAACAAGGAGCAAAAUGUUUUGGGGAUAGAAGGUUUCACCAAUUUCAUGCGCAGUCCUGCUUGUGACAUAUUUAACCCACUGCAUUGUGAAGUUCACCAGGAUAUGGAUCAACCCCUUUGUAAUUACUACAUUGCUUCAUCUCACAACACAUACCUAACAGGAGACCAACUUUUGUCCCAGUCCAAAGUGGAGAUGUAUGCCCGGGUGCUGCAGGAUGGCUGUCGAUGCAUUGAAGUGGACUGCUGGGAUGGUGCAGACGGAGAGCCAGUAGUACACCAUGGUUAUACGCUUACUUCCAAAAUUCUCUUCAAAGAUGUAGUGGAAACUAUCAAUAAACAUGCCUUUGUCAAAAAUGAGUUUCCAGUGAUAUUGUCAAUUGAGAAUCACUGCAGUAUUCAACAGCAAAAUAAAAUUGCUCAGUACCUCAAGGAAAUAUUUGGAGACAAACUGGACUUGUCAUCUGUAAACAGUGGAGAUGCCAGACAGCUUCCCAGCCCUCAAAGUUUGAAAGGCAAAAUCCUAGUAAAGGGUAAGAAACUACCAUAUCAUCUUGGAGCAGAUGCUGAAGAAGGGGAAGUCUCUGAUGAGGACAGUGCUGAUGAAAUUGAAGAUGACUGCAAGUUAAAACUCUGUUAUAGUAAUGGUACAACUGAGCACCAGAUAGAAUCUUUUAUAAGGAAGAAACUUGAAUCGCUGAUAAAAGAAUCUCAAAUCAGGGACAAAGAGGAUCCUGACAGCUUCACUGUGACAGCACUGUUAAAGGCAACACACGAGGGUUUAAAUGUAAACCUGAAACAGAACUCAGACAUAAAAGAAAGUGGAAAAAAAUCCCACAGUCGGUCAUUAAUGGGCAACUUUGGUAAGCACAAGAAAGCUGUUAAGUCAAGGUCCAAGUCUCACAGCACAUCUGAUGAUGAAGAGAGCCAGCAAAGCUCUACUGGAAAGGAAGUUGGGCAGCUCCACAGAUUGGGCCGUCGGAGAAAAACCAUGAAGCUAUGUCGUGCUCUGUCUGAUUUAGUGGUGUAUACAAACUCUGUGGCAGCUCAAGACAUAAUAGAUGAUGGGACCACAGGCAACGUUUUAUCAUUCAGUGAAACAAGAGCCCAUCAGGUAGUACAGCAGAAGGCUGAACAGUUUAUGCUUUACAACCAAAAACAACUCACCAGAAUCUAUCCAUCGGCAUACCGGAUUGACUCCAGCAAUUUCAAUCCUUUGCCCUACUGGACUACUGGUUGCCAAUUGGUGGCAUUAAAUUACCAGUCUGAUGGACGUAUGAUGCAGUUAAAUCAAGCAAAAUUCAGGAUGAAUGGCAACUGUGGGUAUGUCCUAAAACCUCAGCAGAUAUGCAAAGGUACAUUCAACCCCUUUUCUGCUGACCCACUUCCUGCCAACCCUAAAAAGCAGCUUAUUCUCAAAAUCAUCAGUGGUCAGCAGCUGCCUAAGCCUCCAGAUUCAAUGUUAGGAGACAGAGGAGAGAUAAUAGAUCCUUUUGUUGAGGUGGAGAUUAUUGGAUUACCUGUCGAUUGUUGUAAAGACCAGACCAGGGUGGUGGAUGAUAAUGGAUUUAACCCUGUUUGGGAAGAAACACUUACUUUUACUAUCCACAUGCCUGAAAUAGCUUUGGUUAGAUUUCUUGUUUGGGACCAUGAUCCUAUUGGUCGAGACUUUGUUGGACAAAGAACUGUGGCCUUCAGCAGUCUUGUGCCUGGCUAUCGUCAUGUAUAUUUAGAAGGACUGACAGAAGCAUCCAUAUUUGUUCAUAUAACAAUCAAUGAAAUCUAUGGAAAGAGUAGGCAACUGAUAGGAUUCAGAGGGCUGUUUCACAAGAAUCCCAAGCACAGUUCUGCUGAAAACAAUGGGCAUUGUGUACGGAAGCGAUCUAUUGGUGAUCGAAUUCUCCGACGCACAGCCAGCGCUCCAGCAAAAGGCAGAAAGAAAAGCAAAAUGGGCUUUCAGGAAACUACCGAAUUUAAGGACAGUGUGUCUGAGCCAUCAGAACUGAAAGACAAGGAAGGAGUUCUCAGACGUACAGCCAGGAGUUUGCAAGCACGUCCUUCAUCUGUGCCAGUUGACAAAUAUCUCCUUGUGGGAUCAUCAUCACCAGAAUGUGAAAAACUUAAAGGUGCCAAAAGAAAAGAAAGUACCUCUGCAGAUAGUAGUGAUGAUACAAGUGAGAAAAAAAAUUCAAAGGAACCUGAGAAAGCUGAGUCUACUGUAAAUUCUGUAUCUCUGCUUAAAGAUGAGAUUCCCCAGAGAGAGUCCAAAACUGACAGUUCUACAUCAUCACCCAUACAUGAAAAACCAGGAUGUUUAGAUUUUGCAAGUGGGAUAGCUGAAACAAAUCAUCCUGCAAUAUAUCAGGAAAAUCAUCUUUCCAAUGAACCUGUUCAUACAAGGAAGGAUUUUGUUUUUGAACUUGCAACAGAAAUAAUACAAGACAAACACUGCACAGGUCAAAAAAGAGAUGACAACACUGAAGUAUAUAAAGAGGAGAAAGAAACAUUGCCAAGACAUUCUCUUUCUCAAAAAGAGGAGAUUGAAAACAAUAAAUGCAAUGUUUCAAGGAGCAGAUCUCUAAUGACUUUUUCACUGACAGAUAUCUCUUCCACCAUCUGUUCUGACAUGCGUGAUUUGCACUCCACUGCAGCCAUGCAAGAUAGUGACAUUUCUCGUCUUAUAGAUGAGGUUUCCCUAACAAAUGAGAGUGAUGUUGGCAGUUCUGUCUCAGCACUGAUUGGACAGUUUGACAUCACAGAUGAGCAAACUAAUCUGACUAUUGUUUCAAGUCUUCAUGGCACAAGCAAUCAGACCUUCAGUGUAAUGUCAUCACAUCCACAUCUCUUUGCUGUUGAUCUUAACACAUCCUGUAAGCACAAUCUGAUAAAACCUGUCGAUUCACCAUUAUUCUCAACUCCAGAUACCACUGUGUUCUCAAGCCCUGAGACAACAGAGUAUUCUGUGUACACAAUUAUUCAUGAAGCAUCUCUUACACCAGUUUCUGAUUGUAAACCAAUAGAUGAAUUGGUUUGCAAGAAGAAGUUAGUUUGCAUAGAAAAAAGCCCUGCUGCGUCAUCUUGUACGUCUCCUCUCCAUUUGCUUAAAGCAGAUUCCAAAAGGAAGUGUGGUUCAAACUGGGAAACACUUGAGGAUUGCAGUUCCUGUACUUCUAAUAGUUUUACCUUGGAAGAUACAUUAGCUGACCCCCCCAUGUGUGUAAAUUCAGCAGGCAGCAGUCUAAUAGAAGUUGAUGGGGAUUCCCAAGACCUCUUGAUAACUACUUAUGAGUACAAGAGAGAAGAUAUGAGCCAGCUUGCUUCUCCUUUGAAACUCAAGCACAAUCAUGAACCAGUGUGCAACAGUGAGAGAAUCUCUGGGAAUAACUCAAUCAAGGAGGCCCUCUGCAGCAUUGACCCAGGUAGUUCAAAACAACCAUUUCCUUACCCAGAAUAUAAUACUGUUGACUUUUUGCCUAAUAAUCAUUGUCAAACUCCAGAUAUACAAAAGGAUGUGGUGCCUACCUCCCCAAAAUCUUGCUUUAAUAAAAUGUACUCUGCUACCCCUCAGAAUGCUUUGCCUUUCCCUCCUCCUGCAUCUGUGAAACAGCCUAGUCCUUGCAAAUCCAAAAGCCUUGGAGACUUGACAUCAGAGGAUAUCUCCUGCAACUUUGAAAGCAAGUACAAAUACAUAAGUAGAAGCUUUAUUACAUCUGGCAUGAGGGACAAGAAAGUGGCUGCUAUGAAUACGAAGAGACCACAUUCUACAGAUGCUCUUACAGAACAGCUACGAAAACUGGUAUCUUUUGACCAGGAAGAGAGCUGUCAAGCAUUGUAUUCUAAGCAGAAUGAUGAUGAUGAUUGCCCCAAGGCACUGGUCAGAAAACUGUCAUCCAGAAGUCAGAGUAGAGUACGUAAUAUCGCCAGUCGUGCCAAGGAAAGACAAGAAGCCAGCAAACAAAAACUUUCUAAUGCGAGCAGCAUAGCAGGGGUAGUUCUCAGAAACAAACCAUCAGCCUCACCCCAUGUUAUCAACAGGCAUUCCACUGGCUCUUACAUUGCAAGAUAUCUGAAUAACUUCAAUCAGGAGGAUGUGGAAGGUCGGGGCAUACCAGAGGGUGCAUGCACUUCUUUGCGGGCAUUAGGAUGGUGGUGGUCUUUUUCUUCCACUUGUUGAAUGUUUGCUUCAUUCUCAACGUUGGAUGAAAAAGAAAGUUAGAAGAUUGUGUAAAAGAGCAGGAAAAUCUUGUUUUCCGUACAUUUUGUUAUGUAUUUUUGCUAUUGGCUGUUUAUGUAACUUGAAUACAGUAGCAGAGCUGUUUUCUUUAUGUUGGUAAUUAUACUUCUAAAUUGUUGACAGUCAGUACAGUAUUUACAGCUCACACAGCAGAAUAUGUAGUUGGCUUACCAUAAUCACAUGAUUUUGAGAAAAGGGCUUUUUCUAUAUAACACUGAAAAAUGAGUGGGUGAUUACAAAAAUAUACAAAAUCUUCCUUGUAGGGAGCAAGAUUAGCUUUAUUUUGGGUUUUAAAAUGUUUUGCUUUCACUGUGAACAUAUUUUUCAUUAUAUGUAAAAGACAUGUACCUUCUGCCUCUUUUUUUUGUAAUAUGGGACAUUAUUAUUCCUGGAGACAUC